CAAAGCAUGUUAUAAUAACUGACAGAAAGCUUUCAGUUAAAUUGUUUGACAGAUUUACAUUGAUAUUACGCUACUGUCCUCAGAUUAUUUAAGUUAGAGAUUUUUUUGUAAUAAAUGUGCAAAUUGAUAAUCGAUUUUAAAAGUGCUUUGUAGCUCUAAAAAGACUAAGUAUUAUGGGAGUUAGUUCUUAAGAUAAAGGACCUAACAAAACGUGUGGGGAAAACGAUUAAAAAGAGGUGAUUGUUGAAUCCCUUUUCUCGUGACAUGGCAUCAUUUUCAACUGGGGGAAACAAGAAUAUUGUCUGUUUGUCAUCACACCAUGGUACUGAAAUACUGUUUGUUGCUGUUUACAACUCUCCAGUUCAUUCAAGCCCGCAAGGUUGUUGACUUAACACAUACUUAUGAUAAAGAUGUUCCCAAAUAUCCAUUAGGCUGGCUUGGUCUUGAAAACUUCACAUACUUUAAAAUGGACACCUUGGCUGCGCAAUUCAUUGAUGAAAUGUGGAUUGCAUUCAAAAAGAUUGAGUACUACGAACAUCAAGGUACACACAUAGACGCCCCGAUUCAUUUCGGCAGUGGUCGGCAGACACUUGAAGAGAUUCCGCCUGAAAGGCUUAUUGGUCCUGGAGUAGUAAUAGACAUUCGCAACAAGGUCACGAAUAACUCUGAUUAUGCUGUAACUGUACAAGAUAUUCUAGAUCAUGAAGAUGAAUAUGAAAGAAUACCACCUAAUGCUAUAGUGUCAUUAAACUCGGGCUGGGCACAAAAGUAUCCGAACGCAAAUCUGAUAUUUGGGACGGAAAAUACCUCCGAUCCUACCACAUUCCACUUUCCAGGUUGGAGUGUGGAAGCCUGUGAAAUGUUACUUCAGGAACGUCAGGUGUCCGUGCUUGGAGUGGAUACACCGUCAACAGAUCCAGCCCAACCACCAAUCUACCCAUGCCACAUAUAUCUCCAGACUAACAAUGUGCCGCUACUAGAAUACAUUGCCAAUCUUGAUAGUAUCCCGCCACGUGGUACAACAAUUGUUCUCGGAGCUCCCAAAGUUCGAGGUGGCACUGGGGGGCCGACCAGAAUCUUUGCUCUCAUAGACGAUGACCAGGAACAGGAAAUCACGUCGAAUUCAGCAUCUAGGAACUUCAUGUCUGCAAUUUUCGCUUUUAUGUAUCUUAAUGUGUUCAGAUUCUGUUAGAACGAAUGUACCGAUAGGUGAACAAGCAAAGAAUGGGUUCAUAUGGUUUACGUAAGAAAUUUGCGCACAAUGUUCGGGAAUUGUGGAAAUUUAUGAUAGCAUGUAAAAUGAUUCGGUUUUACUAUAUGUACGUUUAACGUAAUAGAAAGGUUAUAUAAAGCAUGAAAAUCUUUGUCGCAGAUUGAAAUAUCUUUUCUGAAUUGCAACAUGGAAACACAACCGAACUUUCAUCUUCAAAAUUCGUUUUAAGGGAAGGAAAUCCUCAAUCAUGAAAACUUAACGUCUACCAUACUUUGUGAACUAAAUUUUCUUAAAAAGUGAAAAUAAAUUUUAUGUCGGAAGGAUCAUUUAUAAAUGAAUUUUAAAGAAAAAUGUCCGACCUGCAAUUGUUUUGAUACACUGUACUUAGACUAUCAUGCUUAUAUACUUUAUUAUUUUACAUAUUGUCCUUCCAAUAUUGGAUGGCGUCAUUUUCAUACGUAAAUCCUUUGUACCCACGUAGGCCGAACAUGUAAAAUUUAGUAAAAUCUAUGAUAAAUGAAAAUAAUGUUGUAAACAGACCUAUUAUAUAUUAUUUAGUGUAUAAUUAUGUAAGAACUGGGUAGUUGAAUAUCCAAUUGAGUAUCCAAUCAUCUGAACGAUGAUCCGUAGUAAACCAAACUAUAAACCAGACGGCCGGCAUUUUUUUAUUUUUUAAUCACCACAUAACUAUACAUCUUGCAUUAUAUUGACAGACGAACUUUGAAAAAAAGAUAAUAUAUUAAAAGUAUAUAACAGUAGCUUGGGGUGAUGUAUUUGGCUAUAAUGUAUUUGCCCAAAACUGGAUCGCCCGAUGUGCUCAGGCUACUGUUGAAAUGACUUAAUUACUUUACACAUCCAUAAAAAGUAUUUUCAAGAAACACCGUAACAGAACAGCUCAUUCUUUACUUGGGACACUACCACCUUCACCAAAUUUACUUUAUUAUCAUAUGGAAUAUAAUGAUCUACACGAUUUGGAAUGUCAUGUCCGGCAAUUGGUUGUAAACCAAAUGCAUUCCUGAUUUGAGAGCCGUUUUUAAUUUGUUCUGAAUAAUAUACUGGUAAUGGGAGGUAACUAUUACCCUCUAAUGAUUUGUUUACCGUCGUAUUUAUCUCCAGCUUCAUUAAAACACUUCCAUCUCUUUCAAAAUUUUGAUAUUAUGUUUUCGCUGGAAAGCGUCAGUUAUUAUAUCAUCACUUUGCAACAUUUAGUGAGAUUAAUCUAGAUGUAGGUUCGACAUAGACAGCAUCGUUUUUCUGAUUAUAUUUGAUGAAACGUAUAUAUAAUGUUAUGAGCCAUUUCAUACCGUUAACUGUCAUAAGGUCUUAAGACGUUCAGCCAAAAUAUCCGUUGUAAUGUUGUGUCUUUGAAAAACUGCAAAACAUUCCCUAUUUUUUAGAUGGAUCUAAUGUUGUGGAUUGCUCACUAUCAUCUUAAACACUUGUUUCACCAGCCCCAUACUGCUGCUUCCGAUUCCUCUAUGUGUCACAGUCCUUGUACAGCUAUUACAUACAUCUGUUCUCCUCCCGAAGAAUCUAUCAUUAAGUGGGCAUUGACACAAUUUGCAUUCCCUACCCUGAUCACCACAGCAAGAGCAAACUAUUUUUCCUGGUAAAAACUGCAUGCAUUUAGAAUAUCAAAUACAAGGCUUCUAUGUCUUGAAUGUAUGAUUUUUUUUGGACAUAGACCUUCAUCUUGAUUUAUUGAUGUUUUUUGUUUCGCUUGUUUCUCAAUUUGAAAGUAAUUUGAAUUAAAAUGUAUGGGAAUCCUUUACACAACAUCCUUUACUUGUUUAUCAAAAAUUUUGAUUGCUAAUUUUAAAAAUCUACAAUUUAAAACAGAGAGUUUUAACUCAGUUAAUAAACGUAAAUUCUCUUUUCAAACAGUCCGAAAAACAGAACCCCGUGUAAAAAUAUACUUUCUAGUCCUCCAAUCUAAAUAUAACUUCAUCUUUACAUUCUGCAAUUUCCAUUCUAAAAAUAAUCGCACCCACUUAGUGACGCAGAACUGUCCCUUGCCGUUCAUAUAUCGAUGAUAACAGCCAAGUUCAAAUCAAUGAAACAACAGGUACGUAAUUGAGUAAAAUGGUAUAAAUAGGUAUAAAUAAACCUAGACUAUAUUUCAUGACAAAAUAUCUGAAUAUCCCUUUAAGUAAAAUAUAUUAUUUUAAAAAGCAAAGUAAUCAAUUAUAAUUAUCUUAGCAAUGUUUUGAAACAUUUUUGCUUUUCAAUAUUUUCAUUUGAAGCACUUAACAUUAUAUUUAAUCUGUUAAUUAUAAGUUAUUCAUUUUGAAUAUUCCUUCGCUAAAUAUAAAUGAAUGUGUAUGUAUGGCUUUUCCCACCAUUUAGCAGUCUUUUAUCACGGGUGGUAAACCCGCAAUCCAAUUCCUGCUGGUAAUACGCUUUAGAUGGGUUGCGCGACGUUCGGUGCUGGUUUUAAUAAAGACGAAAUUGAGGUAGGUGAAGUUAUGUUUUUGCUCAGUAUGACAUAACUAUAAAAUUACAAAAAAGCAAAAUGCUAUUCGACACAAAUCAUCAUUCUAUUAAAAUAUCUGCUUUGUAAUUUAGGAUUUAAGCUACAUUUACACAUAUCUAGUAUUUCAUGGUUACAGAGUGCUACUAGAGAAUUUUCUCUGUAUUUCUGGACACAUUUUCUGUCGAAGUAUUGCUGAUACAAGAAUCAAGAUGUACUUCUAUCGAACUGUUCCUACUAUGGUCGCGCGAAUGUGUAACAUCAAAAAUAAGGAGAGCGCAGAUCUAUGUAUCGCAGGGUCGUGAGUUGGACCCUCGUGCAAGGCGUAUGAUCUCCACUGUGAUUAAAGACGUCUUGUGUCAUUCGUUUGUCCUUCACCUCUGAUUGAUGUGGAAACGUUGACACUAACGGAAAACAAGUUACUACGGAUACCAAAUCUGUGGUUAGGUUAACUGUCCACCUAAACUAACUGAAAUACAGUUGAAAACGAAGCUAAACCCAAAAGACCAACAUUAUGUUUCUUGCUCUUGUUUGGCAGAUAUUACAUGACGUGUAUAUUUUUUAACCUCAAUAUAUAUGAGCUGCAAACUAGUGUAUGUGGCGAUUAUAUUUUGUUGCAAACAUGGGAUGUUUGUCUUUCGUCGUUCCAUUGGAUUAUCUUUUCGGCCUAGCCGGUUGGCCGCAAACUGCUAAGGACACUGGCUGCAAACGAGCGUUCUUGCCUAAAUGAAUAAUGAAAACAUAAAAGAAAAGAAAAGGAAAUUUACAUAGUGGAAUUGUGAUUGAAAAAGGACAAUUUAAUUAUAAUUAAUAUAAUUUAAAACAAGCAACCCCAUUCCCGUGGCGCAUCCUAAUUUCUGAUGAAUUUUUUGCCAAUCCUUUCCCAAAAAGCAACAUUUUAUUUGAGUAUAUGUAAUAUUCAUGAUUGUAUUGCACGUGUUUGAUCAUCAGAAGCGUCAUAUUUCCAGAACGUAGGCACACGAGUUAGGAAUUUGGCAUUUUUCAUUAUUUAUAUUUUUGCCUGUUCGUGCCAGCAGAGUUUUCGUGAUCUUUAUUCAUCUUUUUUUCGAAUAGCAUUUGCUUUUUUGGAAACAUUCGUAAAUGUGUCAUUAUCAACGAAAUCAAGAAUCCACCUACCUCGAUUUUGUAUAUCCUGAUGCGCGACGCCAGCACCGGAAGUCGCGCAACCAAUUUUUAGCGUAUUCCCAGCGGGAAGGGUUUGUGUCUUUACCACCUAUGUUUUUGUUAAAGAGUUGCAAAUGUUUUAGUGAUAGACUACAGAUUCGUACUAUGGCUAGUUAUACAUUUAUUACGUGUGCACUAUUAUUAACCGAACUUACAGUACCGUUAUACACAAGUAACUGAUGAUUUUUGUUUCCAUAGAUGUUGCGUAGUAGUUGUUCUUUUUUCAAACACGAAAUUUGUGCAAAGUAAAUGCUUUACAAGUAACCGCAAAAAGAAAAGCUCAGUGAAAUGUGGACUAUGAGUAUCUGUGCAAAUAGCACAGACCAAGAACAUUUAGUUGAAAUAUGCACUGAAAUUUUUACUGGAGUUCACCAAUAAUAUUUAUAACUUGUAUGCUGUUCUUUUAUUAUGUCUCAUGUACUGUGUAUCUUUAUUUAGUUUCCUAUUGACUGAUAUGUUUUAUUUUAAUCUAGAAAUAUAUUAGCUGCUCGAAUAAACAAGAUAUCAUUGUCAAAGAAUUGUUCCUUGUGUUAAAAAAAGAAAUGUUAAAAGUUUUAAUACAUUCAGAUGUUUUAGAAGCAGAAGCUUCAUUGAUCUAUAGCUUAAGCUUGUUUACUCAUAAUCAGCUGUAUCUCACUGCAGAAGGUUCAAACCCGGCAAGUUUCAAAUUAUUUUUAUUGGGAAAACAAUUACGUUACUUCCAUCCCAGUGUUAUAAUAUUUUCUGGGCUUUUUGGGAUCAUAUCUAUGUAAUACAAUUCGGCUGAAGCCAGUGCUAGGGGAUGUGAGGGGUGUUGCACAAUCCAUUACCUCUCAUAAACAGACUCAAUCAAACCGAGUCUGCUGUUAUUUUGCUUGGUGGCAUUAUAUGCUUUCAAGGGUCUUUUACACAAUUUAGUAUCUAUUGAAUGUAAAAAAAUAAAACAUUUCGUGAAUGAAUACAAUAUCAUAAAAUUGACAUCUUCUGAAGUUAAAAUAAGAUUUUUUUCACUGUAAUUUAGUACCAUGGUGGGAUUUAAGAGUGAGGUUUGACGCUAUUGAUCCAGUUUAAACUUUUGCCACUUAUCAUUCCAAGGUGAUGGUGCUCUACUAUGUUCCUUCAUCGUGUGUUUGUGUCUGUCACUUAAUAUUUGCUUUUAAUUAUUCCAUUCAUCUUUUGUUUUUGUUAACGCGUAUUUUUUUUUUUGUUAAAAUGUUGUCCUGUUGCUGAAUAAGCGCUUUUUACCUUGUCUAGCAAUUAUCCUCUACAGGGACAAAUCUGAUCAAUACAGGCAAACCUUUGAUACGGCCAAUUUCAGUUCUAUUAGCUGCUACACUUGCAAAAGUGAUUGAUGUAAUUUAGACAAAACGUAUCUAUA